CGCGGGAGACUGACUGCCAGGGCGCAGCUCCCCGCUAGCCUUGCUCCCUCGGACUGCCUCUCUGGGGUUUGGUCGCCGUUUCAUGCUGCCGCCGCCGACUGAGUGCUCGCGCCCCAAAGGGACUGUCUCUUCUCGGUAAUUCAUGGCUUGUCUGACCAGUGAUGAGGUCCAGAAUUCAGCCACCAAGAGACUUUAUUCCAGGAUGGAGGCCUCCUGCCUAGAACUGGCCCUGGAAGGUGAGAGGCUCUGUAAAGCUGGAGAUUUCAAAGCUGGGGCUGCCUUCUUCGAAGCUGCUGUCCAGGUGGGGACUGAGGAUCUGAAGACACUGAGUGCCAUCUACAGCCAGCUGGGGAAUGCCUACUUCUACUUGAAAGAGUACUCAAAGGCUCUUGAGUAUCACAAACAUGAUCUCACCCUGGCCAGAACUAUUGGGGACCGCAUUGGGGAAGCUAAGGCCAGUGGUAACUUGGGCAACACCCUCAAAAUCUUGGGCCGUUUUGAGGAAGCUAUCGUCUGCUGCCAGAGACACCUGGAUAUUUCCCAGGAGCAGGGUGACAAGGUGGGGGAAGCAAGGGCCCUAUACAACAUCGGCAAUGUGUAUCAUGCCAAGGGGAAGCAGCUGUCCUGGAACUCUGCCCAGGACCCUGGCCACCUGCCCCUGGAUGUCAGGGAGACACUGCAGAAAGCUUCAGAAUUCUAUGAGCGGAACCUGUCUCUGGUGAAGGAGCUGGGAGACCGGGCUGCCCAGGGCCGGGCCUAUGGGAACCUCGGCAACACCCAGUACCUCCUAGGAAAUUUCAGUGAAGCCAUCACCUUCCAUAAGGAGAGACUUGCCAUUGCUAAGGAAUUUGGAGACAAAGCAGCUGAAAGGAGAGCAUACAGUAACCUAGGGAAUGCCCACAUCUUCCUGGGGCGAUUUGAUGUCUCGGCAGAGUACUACAAAAAGACCCUCCAGCUGUCCCGACAACUGAAGGACCAGGCUGUGGAGGCCCAGGCCUGCUACAGCCUUGGCAAUACCUACACACUUCUGCAGGACUACGAGCGUGCCGUCGAGUACCACCUGCGACACCUGCUCAUCGCCCAGGAGCUGGGAGAUAGAGUGGGUGAGGGCCGAGCCUGCUGGAGUCUGGGAAAUGCUUAUGUGUCCCUAGGAAGUCAUGAACAAGCAGUGACCUUUGCCAAGAAGCAUCUUGAGAUCUCCCACGAGAUUGGAGACAGGAAUGGAGAACUCACCGCUCGCAUGAACAUCGCCCAGCUUCAGCUGGCCCUUGGGGAGGAUGCCAGUAGCAAGGCAGGGGACAGGCCUCACUACCCUGGCUAUGAAGCUCAAGGCGCCAGGCCUAAGAGGAUCCAAAGGCACAGUGUAGAGAGCCUGGAUUUAUUGAAGUUCCCACUGGAAAAGAACCAGAACGGAGACAGCCACCACAUGGUCGAGCUGAAGAUGGCAGGCAAGGACUUCUUUUCCCUCUCGGUGAAAAGCCAGAAAUACCUUGAGGGUCCCCAAGAGGGGAGCAGCUUACCCUUAGACAGCACCAAUGACAUCCAAAUCCAGAUCCCCCAGAUGAAAAUCCCACGGGCCCCAUCUGAUGAGGAAUGUUUCUUUGACCUACUGAGUAAGUUUCAGAGCAACCGGAUGGAUGACCAACGCUGCCCCCUGGAAGAGGGCCAAGCUGGGGCAGCUGAGGCUAACAUCCCUACUUCCACCCUGGAGGAAAGAAUAUCUCAGUCAUCCUUGAUGGCCUCCCCUCAGACAGAGGAGUUCUUUGACCUCAUUGCCAGCUCCCAGAGCCGUCGGCUGGAUGACCAGCGUGCCAGUGUGGGCAGCCUGCCGGGCCUUCGGAUCACCCAUAACAACUUGGGCCACCUUCGUGGGGAGGGGGAUGCUCAGGAGCCCGGAGAUGAAUUCUUCAACAUGCUUAUCAAGUGCCAGUCCUCCAGAAUAGAUGACCAGCGCUGUGCCCCACCUGACACGGUGCCCCGUGGCCCCACCAUGCCAGAUGAAGACUUCUUCAGCCUCAUACAGAGGGUACAGGCCAAGCGGAUGGAUGAGCAGCGAGUGGAUCUUGCCUCUGGCCAAGAGGAGGAAGCGGCCAGCAUGCGGUCAGAUACCCCACAGCAAUGCCGGCCCAGUGCCAGCUAAGGCCCUCCAUUGGAGGACACCCCAGGACAGGUGCAGCUGGAACACACCUGUGCAUCCCUGAGCCCUCACCUAGGAUCUGGGGAAAGAGAGACCUUCUUACUUUCUUCCGCCUGUCUCCAGGCACUAGGGGAAACCACCAACCAUGUGCAGAUCCUCUUGUCCCAGGAGAGGCCAAGAAACUCCAGUGGACAUAUGGCUGAGCUUGACAAGGUGAUGGCUAGUCACUGGAACCCCAAAUAGAUGUGAACAGCUGGCUCUUCUUACCAUAGCCUCAGAGGGCAUUUCCUGGGGUCAAGGGUAGAUGUCUCGGGAGACAGCAUAUGCUAGAAUCUUACAAGGGAGUGACUAGUCCUCUCCUUCACCCUGUUGAGCCCAAAAAUCCCAGACUAAGUAUGGUGAAGGAUGGGCCCCUCCCUGUGCAGAUGGCCCUGUCCCUGCUGCUUUCCCUGACCUGGUAUAUGAGUAGCAAGAGGCAGGCAGAAGCUGCCUUGACAAAGCAGCCAAGCUGGCCCUAGCUCUCUGCCCAGCUAAUCCCCUUUUGCCGCUCGUCCCCUCGGCCCAACCUCCAACCAUCCCACCGAGACCAGAAACCAGAAACCUGACAAAGUGCAAUAUAGUAUCAGCCCCCUCUGAGCCAUCUGUGCCCCUCAGCUCACCAGGUUCCUCUCCUGUCCCUGAGUAAGUGUGAACCCACUGGGCAUGCCAACAGUGGAGAUUCACCAGAGGAUUCCCGUAUCAUAACGAAAAUCUUCUCCCAAGGAGCCUCAGGACUAAGGUGUGGAAGACAUUUCUGUCCAGUUCAUAGUCCACGUGCUAGGUGUGUACCCACUGAGGGUCAUUGGCUAAGUGAUGGUGCAACCCUCAGGCAUCCAUUCCAGGUCUGAAUCAACAGCCAAAGGACUGUCCGCAGCUUCAAGCCUGGACUCCUUCCUCCCAUCUCCUCUGUGGUUGUCAGUUUUCCCAGCAUCCAUUUGAACUCCCCAGGAGCCAAGAGCAGCAAAAAGAGGGUCCCCCACCAACAGGGCAUUAUUGGUAUUGCCAAGAUAGUGGACAGGAAAAGAUGGGGACAGAGGAGAGACAUCCCCACCAGCAGCCUAGCAGUACUGCCAGUUCAGCCAUAGAACUGUAAACCCCUAGAGUGGGUGGUGGGAUGUGGAUUGAUAGGGCCUGGGUAGGUGUCAUGUGACAGUCAUGGGGGCAGGAGGCAAAGACCAGUGCACCAUGCCUUUCCAGGUUAUUAGGAUGCCUUCAUGAGUCUCCUUCCACCAGCUAGGGUCCACUGUCCUAGCAUUGGUCAGGACUGCUUCCUUACCCACUGCCCCUGAGUCUUAUUCCCCAGGAGUGUGGAGCUGAGUGGUCCAAGUAGCCUGGACCUGUAAGGACUUAGUUCUUCAGCUCCUAAAGCAAGAGUGGAACAUGAAGGCACUGCUGGAGGAAGGGCUGCUUCUGGCUUCAAUUUUUUUUUUAAGCUUGGAAAAGGAGCCCACAUCAACAUCCAUCCAGUUUAAACACUGGACUGUGAUAAAUCCAGGCAGUGUUUUCAAAGCCCAGGAAUGCAAACGCAGCUGGUACUCUGUUUAUCCAUUACCCCUGGUGUUUGUGGGUUCCUCUGACUUUCAAAGAUAUUCAUCUGUUGCCCAAACUCUUGGAAGGUCUAGUUGGGGCGCAGAAGACUAACCGUGAACUUGGGCUUAAAAGGCUGCUGGCAGAUUGAAUCUCCACCCGCUCUGUCCUGAGCUCCCAGAUCCUCUAGGAAGGUGAAUUUAGGCUGAGUUAACUUAGCUCUCCCACAGCAACCCUGGCCCUCCACUCUUCCUAAAUCAGCAAGGUCAAGGAAGGGAUAUGAAAUGUGCUCAUCCUCUGUGUCUCAAUUCCUGUAGUUUUUAAAGGGCAUUCUAAUUUUCACCCUUGGUUGACUUCGGGGUAAGCAUAGAAGUUCUUCAUCCUACCAACUUAAAAAAAAAAUGAGUCAACUUCCCCUCCGGCUAAAUCCCAAGAGGAAAACUGUUGGGUAGAAACAGAGGGAGGAUGAUUUGGAGUCAUAGGGAGAGGAGUUGACUUGUGACCCUGAACCUUCCCACGUGCUCUUCAAAAGGACAGUUUGGGAUUUUGACAGCAACUCAGCACUUGCUCCUCAGAGAUAACAACAGCUGCAGUUGGUUAUUGGCCAAGGCCAGUUCCUUAUGCUCCGGGACUUUUUUUUUGCAAAUAGCCCCUCCCACUGCUUGGCUCCCAGCGGGAGUGUUUACCUUGACACAGAGAUUCUAUAAAACAAGAAUUCACCCAGGAUUUUAAGAAAGCGGCUGACUGGCUCUAGCUGCCCUGGAUCAGUUGGGAAAGGCUAGAAUGGGCUUUCCUCAGCUGACUUGCAGAGAUCUUCCCAGUGACUGAGACAUGUAGUUCUUAAAAGGGCAGUGGCCCAGAAAUAGGGUCUCCCCACUGGGAAUAAGAAAUCUGGGUUAGAGCAAUUGUGGGAGAUGGAGCUCAGGGCCAAGAUUUCCCUUGCUGUAUUUCAAUUCACCACAUCCCACUUCCACCCACACCUACCCCUCCAGAUUUCAAUCUCUUAGGCCACAUCCUACUAUUCAAAGCUUGGGGAGAUGAGAAAAUGAGACAGAAGAGGAAAGCACAGUCCUUUCUCUCACAAAGCUGACAGUCCAGUAUCUGUCUUUGCUUUUCUGGUUUCAUCUCAAGGUCCUAGAUGAACGGUUAGAUGGGCUUCUGAGUUAUCCUAAAGAGAUAUAGUAACAAUAAAGAUGGUAAAACAUCAAUUUCACAAUCAUUGUGUUAUUUGAUUGUCACAAAAGCCCUGGGAAGUUGGUAAGACAGGCCCCAAAAUGAAAGAAUUAAAAGAAAAUGGCCCAAGGUCAUGCAGCAAGUUCAUAGAGUUUGAACCCACAUUUGCUGAUUGACAAUCCAUUCCCCUCUCUGCUAUCCUGGGCCCAAGAGAAUAGGUUCAGAUGAUACCUAAGACUGGGCCUGACUUAUUUGCAAUCAAACCAUGAAUGAAAAGGAACCUUUUUCCAGGCACCAAAGGACAAAAUCUAAGAGUCUGGGCCAAAGUAGGACAUAGCUCCACCUAAGCAAAAAAGAAGCGGAACUAGAGAGACUGGCUUUCCAAAAAAAAAGGGGGGGGGGAAUUAUAAUAAAAAAAAAACAAGCAAAACAUUAGUAAUUACCAUAUACUUGAAUGUUUAAGCUUAUUUAUUUUUUACAUCUGCGUUGGUUGUGUUGUAAGUGGGUCAUUCCCAAUCCUGGAGGUACAUUUUGUUUUCUCUAAAAAUAAAUAAUAAGAUCUGCCAAAUGAAUUAAUAUAUGUGUAAGUAUGUAAUUAAAGCCUUUGGGGUUUUGUGCAUAAUAAAAGAUUUUUGUGGUUUAA